CAUUCUUUUACGAGGAAAGGCCAUUGGCUAAUUUUGAACAAAUUUAAGGAGAUUUUGAUCUAUUACAAUCUUUUUUUGGAGGAGACAAUUGGUUAGUUACCAUUGGGAAGCGCUGCAAUAUGAGUUCCUUUCGUUUACAAGCAGACCAUAUGCAGUCAGACGCGUCUUUGGUCACAAGCGUGCGAAAAGCGACUAGUGUUGAUGAAACAGCUCCAAAAAGGAAGCAUGUACGUAGUUGCAUCGUUUUUACCUGGGAUCAUCAUACAGCCAGGCCCUUUUGGACGGCUGUUAAAGUACAGCCAUUGUUUGCUAGCGAAAUACAGACUUUUAAGGCUUUGAUUGCAAUUCAUCGAGUACUUCAAGAAGGUCAUAGGUGUGCAUUAAAAGAUUCGCAACCUGAAAGAGGAUGGCUGAAAACAUGUGCUCGCCAAUUUCCUGGAGGAGAAGGAACGAGAGGCUAUAGUGGCUUGAUUCGAGACUACGUAGACUAUUUAUUGGACAAGCUUGCUUUUCAUGCUCAGCAUCCUGAAUUUAAUGGAACUUUUGAGUACAAGGAAUACAUUAGUCUUCGACAAGUUGAUGAUCCUAAUGAAGGUUAUGAAACAGUUUACGAUAUGAUGAAUCUCCAAGACCAUAUUGAUGAUUUUCAAAAGCAAAUUUUCUCUUCUUUCAAACGUUCUAGUAAAAACGAGUGUCGUAUUUCUGCCUUGGUUCCAUUAGUCCAAGAGUCAUACGGUAUCUACCGUUUUUUGAUUAGUAUGCUGCGUGCAUUAUACAAGACUAUCGAUGGUGCUGAUACAUUAGAACCUUUGAAGCAAAGAUAUAUAUCUCAACACCAUCGUCUUCGUCAUUUUUAUGCAGAUUGCUCCAACCUUCGUUACCUGACUAGCUUAAUUUCUGUUCCCCGUCUUCCCCAUGAUCCACCAGAUCUGGAGGGUGAUGAUAAUUUGCCAGAAUUGCCAAAGCGUCCUGCUUCCGUGGCACCGCAACCGACUGGUACAUCUUCCAUUGGCCCUCAGCAAACAGGCAGCUCUUCUCAGUUGGAAAUGAACUUCCCCUCAGCAAACGAUAUAGAACCUGUUCCCAAUUAUAGUGAACCUGAAUCCAUUCAAGAGUUUUGGUCUGAACCAGCAUAUGACCAACAAAUCGCCGCACAACAACAAGCUCUUGCUGCCCAACAAUCUGCUGAAAUGGAACGUCAGCGCCUUGCUGCUCAACAACAUCAACAAGCCAUGGAGGCUAUUCAAAGGGCUCAGGCUGAUCAGCAGCGAGCUGCUCAGGAACAAAUGUUUCAACAACAGAUGCAAAUGCAAAGCCAAGGACAGCUUGCUGGCAUGGAACAGCAAUUAGCUGGCACUAGAGCUCAAUUGGAACAGAGCAAUAUGCUUCUUCACCAGUACGAUGCUAGAGUAAAAGCAUUGGAGAACGAGUUAAACCAGUCUGGCGUUAAUAUUCAGGAACAAAUUCACCAGAAUGACGAUCUAAUUGAUUCUUUAAGGAGCCAAAUCAGCACUUGGAAGAGCAAAUACGAGGCGCUUGCUAAACUCUACACGCAGCUUCGUCAGGAGCAUUUGGAUCUGUUAUCUAAGUACAAACAGCUUCAGCUUAAGGCAAACUCUGCACAAGAAGCUAUUGAAAAGAAAGAACGAAUGGAACGUGAAAUUAAGAACAAGAACCUCGAGCUUGCCGAUAUGAUCCUCGAACGCGAUCGUGCUCGCCAUGAAUUGGAUACGAUGCACCGUGCCCAACGCGGAAAACAAGAGGCUAACGAGCGUGAAUUACGAUUACUUCAAGAAAAAGCGACAUCUCUUGAGCGUAGCAAGUCAUCGGAAUUGUCGGGUUUGUUGAGCCGAUAUAAUAGGGAAGUCGCUGAGUUGGAAGAAAGUCUUCGUAUAAGAGAUCAAGAGUUGGAUGGCUUCCGUCAAGAAUUAAACAAAUCUGAAGCUCAAUAUCGUAAACUUUUACAGGAAAAAGAAGAAGAAGUAGAAAUUCAAAAGGCUGCUGUUGAUGAAUCCCUCUUGCAGUUGAAGAACCUCCAACUAGAUCGCAGCGAUGUUGAUCAAGCUAUGGACUCACAGAUAGAUGAUUUGUUGAAGUCACAAUUAGAAAAGUUAAGUGAUAUUGUUGACUCUGUGCUUUUCACUGGUAUCCAGCGUUUAGAUACUAGUUUGCAUGAACUGGAUUCUCCUAUGCAUGCAGGAAAUCAAUAUGCAACACCAGAAUUUGUGCUAUCUAUUAUUGAAAAUGCCAGUAAUGCUUGUAUGGAUUUUGCAACUGCAUUCAACAACUACUUUGCUGAUGGUCCUAACGCUGAUCAUUCUGAAGUCAUUAACAGUGUCAAUUCCUUUUCAACUGCAAUGUCUGAGGUUUCUAAUAACUCUAAAGGUUUGAGUCGAUCUACUGGUGAUGAUCAAGGAUCUGAUCAAUUAGUAUCUCAGACACGGCAAAUGAUUGAACUAGCAAAAAGGUUUUUAUCAAGCUUAUUCUCUCAUUCUACUAUGAAGAUGGAUGUCGAUCAAAAAACAGAAAUGGUCAUUAACGAAAACGUAGAAAUGCAACAACGUUUGCAGCAGCUAUCUCAAUAUUCUGAAAAGUUCUUAAAUAAGGAAUCUGAAAGUGCAGUUGGCUUAUUAAGUACAGGAGGGGAUAAUAUUGAAGAACUUGUAGACAGACAGUUGGCUGAGACGGCUAAUGCAAUUCAGAAUGCUAUUAUUAAAUUGCAAGGCCUGGCUGCUCAACCAAAGGAUGUCAAUUUGUCUCCUUCUGAAUUGCAAGUACAUGAUUCCUUAUUAGCUGCUUCUAUUGCUAUUACCGAAGCGAUUGCCAGACUAAUUAAAGCUGCCACUGCCUCCCAAGCUGAAAUUGUCGCACAAGGUAGAGGAUCUAGCUCUCGAGGUGCAUUUUAUAAAAAGCACAAUCGCUGGACGGAAGGACUUAUUUCCGCUGCUAAAGCUGUUGCUCGUGCUACUGUCACUUUAAUUGAAACUGCCGAUGGCGUUAUCAACGGUAAAGCUAGUUUCGAGCAUUUAAUUGUGGCAUCGAAUGGUGUGGCAGCUGCUACAGCUCAGUUAGUAGCUGCUUCACGAGUCAAGGCAACCUUUGCAUCCAAGACACAGGAUCACUUGGAAGAAGCCGCUAAAGCAGUAACAGAUGCAUGCAAGGCUUUAGUAAGACAAGUAGAGACUAUGGCAUUGCGUUCGAAAGAAAUGGAGCAUGAAGAUUUCUCCAGUCUUGGUGUUCACGAGUAUCGUCGACAAGAGAUGGAACAGCAGGUACAGAUCCUGAAAAUAGAAAACGAAUUGGUUGCAGCUCGUCGCCGUCUUUUCGAUAUGAGAAAAACUUCGUAUCAUGUUGCUGAUGAGUAACUUAUUCAUUCUUUUAUGUAUAGUUACUAUGACAAAGGAUUAUUAUAUUUUUGCGCAAAUAUCUUGAUUAGAUUAUUUCUAAGCAGGCUUGUCGCAUUUUUUUGUUUUUAGUUAUUUUGUAAAUGUAAAUAAAUGCCGAAUCUUAUUACGUUAAUGGAACUGUGUUUUUAAAAACGUUGAGGAAUAAAAAUUUCAUUAAAUGAAACUACU